AUGGCAUUGCCCUCCGUUCAACCACCCGUGUCAACAACCCUCCCCACCGACUCGUUCCAACUUCUACCCGAAGCCGAGAAGGCUGGAGCAGCCGAAGAUGCGCUGUAUAAGCAACAGAUAAAGGAUGUUGAGUCGUGGUGGGCAUCCCCUAGAUUUGAAGGGAUCAAGAGACCCUACACUGCUGCCGAUGUCGUAUCGAAGCGAGGAUCGCAGAUGCAGAGCUAUCCAAGCUCCCUAAUGGCGCGGAAGCUCUUCAAUCUGAUUAAGGAAAGGGAAGCCAAAGGAGAACCCAUCCAUACUAUGGGAGCCAUUGAUCCUGUACAAAUGACACAGCAAGCACCCCACCAAGAAGUUCUAUACAUCUCUGGAUGGGCUUGCUCCGCCGUCUUGACUUCGACCAACGAGGUGUCCCCCGACUUUGGCGAUUACCCCUAUAACACCGUGCCGAACCAGGUCCAACGCCUCGCAAAAGCACAGUCGAUGCACGACCGAAAACAAUGGGACCUGCGCCGCAAGCUGACCACAAGAGAGCGCAAGAAGACACCAUACGUCGACUACUUCCGCCCCAUCGUUGCGGACGGUGAUACUGGACAUGGUGGUCUGACUGCCGUGCUCAAGCUCGCGAAGCUGUUCGCCGAAAAUGGUGCUGCCGCUGUUCACUUCGAGGAUCAGCUGCACGGCGGCAAGAAGUGCGGCCAUCUAGCCGGCAAAGUUCUCGUUCCUAUAGGCGAGCACAUCAAUCGUCUCAACACUGCGCGCUUUCAGUGGGAUGUUAUGGGUACGGAGAAUCUAGUCAUCGCUCGAACCGACUCGGAGAGCGGACGGCUCAUCUCGAGCGCAAUCGAUGUUAGAGACCACGAGUUCAUCCUUGGCGUCGAAGACGAGGGUAGUUCCCCCCUUGCGGAAACCUUGCAAGAAAUGGAGGCUGCGGGUGCGUCUGGGGCCGAAGUCGACGCUUUCGAAGCCGACUGGGUAAGGAAGACUCAACUAGUUACCUUCGACGAAGCUGCUAUCGGGCAAAUGAAAUCCCAAGGCGUUCGACAGGACAAGAUUAAAAAAUAUAUCAAGGCUGUCGAGGUCGACCCCAACAUGGGCAUUACCAAACGUCGGGAACUCGCGAAUCGGGAUGCCAUAAGACCUAUCCUGUUCAACUGGGACAUCCCGCGCACCCGAGAAGGCUACUACCACUACCGCGCCGGCCUGAAGGCCGCCACAAAACGCGCCAUCGCCUUCGGACCCUACGCCGACCUCCUCUGGAUCGAGACCGGGGACCCGAACGUCGAGGUAGCCACCACGCUCGGACGCGCCGUGCGCGCGGCCCACCCCGGCAAAGGCCUCGUGUACAACCUGUCCCCCUCCUUCAACUGGAUGGCCCACGGCUUCACCGACGCGACGCUCAAGUCCUUCAUCUGGGACCUCGCCAAGGAGGGGUUCGUCCUCCAGCUCAUCUCGCUCGCCGGCCUCCACAGCACCGCCACCAUCACCAACGAGCUCGCGAAAGCGUACAAGAAGGACGGCAUGCUCGCGUACGUGAACCUCGUCCAGCGCCGCGAGAAGGAGCUCGGCUGCGAUGUGCUCACGCACCAGAAGUGGAGCGGCGCGAGCUACAUGGAUGGGAUUGUGGGGGCGAUUCAGAGCGGGAGCAGUGGGAGUAAGAGUAUGGGCGCAGGGAGCACGGAGGCGCAGUUUGAUUGA